CGCCUGCGUACGCGGCGCCUUCGAUAUCAUUUGUCCUUUGGCGCUGACGCAAAUGUUGCUCUUGUGCGCCGUCGACUGCUGCACGCGGUUUGCCAAGGACGGGACGUGCUGCCUCAUUCACAGCAGAGCGAGAUCCCCAGCGUCCACCAGCCCACCGAGCCAUAUGACGCGCCUGACCAAGAAGAUCACACAUGUGAGUCGCGCAUGCAAAGAGCCCGGGUGCUACUCGUAUGCGCGGCGCCUCGGCCGGUGUUCGCGCCAUGGCGGCGUCAACGCGUGCGACGUCGAUGGCUGCUUGACGCCCGCGCAGUCGCGCGGCCGCUGCCGCAUGCACGGUGGCGGCACCCUUUGCAAGACCACCGGCUGUGACGCGUUUGCCCGCUUCAAGGGCCAUUGCUCGAAACACACACAGCAGCGCCGAACGCGAAGCACCGCUGCUGCCUAGUACUCGUAGCUCCUUUAUAUGUACAAGUAUGUCUUCAGAUGCCCA